GGAAGAUGCUGCAAAUCUACGAGUUAGAUUUCAUUUGUUUACAAUUGAAGUACCUUAACACUUUUUUUGCUCUAUUUCCUUUUAUUAUCGCCUUGAACCUUACCAUACCCGUUUUCUUUGCCGAAACAUUAUCUUUGUAUACAAAAUGUCGUUGAGUCUUUGUAACUUCAUCCCACCUUAUGCUAAAUUUCCAAAUUUGAUCAAAAUAGACUUAUACUCAGCUUUGUGCCUUCGUUCUUUCAGUUUCGUCCACACUCUUAAUCAUCUUUACUAAUAGUAAUAAGUGUGUCUUCCGCUUAUAGUGCUCUGGUUCUGCCUCGGAUUCAUUUCAGCAUCGGUUGCCAUUACAUAAGCCAAUAUUUCACAGCAAUUAGUAUAUGGUGGUCAAGUAACGGAAACUGGGCCAUGCAUUUGAUUUUCCCGUUCAGCACCAUAGUGAUCUAUGAAUGCCUAGAAUGUUUCUGAAUUGAAUUUUGUACGCCA